AUGUGCAUGCAAAUUGCGAACCAACAGCCGCCGAGGGAUUUUUGGUUCAAAGGCAACGCGACAGGGGUCAAAUUGCAGCGCAUCGUCGCCUCGGACGGACCCACGUCUCAGAUGACAUCCUACAGUUGGCGUGUGGGUCGAUUCGCGAAUUUCAUUUUGUCGCGCUCUCCCCCUUCCAGGCCCGCGAUCGAACUGCUAUAUAGCCGCGAUAUCAAAUGCGCACGUGCCAAAAUUGGACGCGAGAGGAACGCGACAACUUUUGACACCGCUUUCUUUAUG